AUGGCUGAAACCGGUUUCGUCCGGUUUCAGGGUGGUCUGGACCCGGCAGCCGAGGAAUUCAGGCCCAGAAACCCGAACCCGAUACCCGUUUUUAGCCUCCCACCACCACCACCGCCUCUACUACCUCAUCACCAAGUUUAUUAUCCCUACCCAGUACCGCCUCCUCCGCCACCACCACCACCGCCGAUGAACGAAGUCGUGGCGGUGCCCUACGUACCGUCACCCGCGGCGUACGUUAGCGCGGUGACGGCGGUGCACUCCCCGAUCCCGCCUCCGGCCGCGGCGCCGACUCGGGCGCUGCUGCUGAGGCCCGUGCCGUGUGACGUCAGCGAGGUGACGAUUCGGAGGGAGCUGGAGGCGUUCGGGCAGGUGAGGUGGGUGCAGAUGGAGCGGUCCUGCGACGGGAUCGUGACUGUCCAUUUCUACGAUCUCAGGCAUGCAGAGAAGGCCUUGGCCGAGAUUCGAGAGCUGCACAUGCAGCACCAGGCCCGCCUCCGUAGCUCCGGUCCUUACCGGAGCUCCACCGUGAUCCUCAGUAGCGACGUCUGGCCCCACUUCGUGAUUCCGGUCCACACGGCAAUCCCCGACGGACACAACCAAGGCACCAUCGUGAUAUUCAAUCUCGACUCGGCCGUGACCACCAGCCGUGUCAAGCAAACGUUCCAAGCUUUUGGUGCUGUGAAGGAAUUGAGAGAGACGCCGUCGAAGAAGCACCAGAAAUUCGUGGAGUUUUUCGAUGUGAGACACGCCGCGAGAGCUCUCCAGGAGAUGAACGGGAAGGAAUUUCACGGCAAACAGAUUGUGAUCGAGUUCAGUCGCCCCGGAGGCAACAGCUGGAAGAAGCUGAAUUCUCUUACCAACACUGCUAACCUAGCGCCGCCUGAAUUAUAUCUGCCUGAAUUGCCUCAGACAUUCUCCGGCCACUCUCGGUUCAGUGCAGGCUCGCCGCGAAUGUAUGGCUCGAGUGGGCCUAAUUCGGGGUUUGGAAAUGCUCAUGUGGAGUCUCUUAUGGCGGAGUUGAAUUUGGGUGGAAUUGAAGAAAGGGAGUCGGGUGACCACUCGAGAAGGGUUUCGACUAAGAAGCAAACCGGCCAGGGAAUGGUAACAAGUCCAAGGCAGCUGCAGCCACCUCCGCCACCGCCACCUAGGAGUAGUAGGGGGAAGAGAGGCAAGCAACCCAAGAAAUUUGAUGCUCGUUUUCUGAUCAAAGAAGAUAUCAUGGUUGAAUCCAGAAGCGAUCCAAGAACCACCUUGAUGAUCAAGAACAUACCCAACAAGUACAGUCAGAAGCUGCUACUGAGCAUGCUGGACAACCACUGCAUUCAUUGCAACGAUCAGAUUCUUCGCGACGGCGAUGAAGACCAGCCUUUGUCGUCCUACGAUUUCAUUUAUCUUCCAAUCGAUUUCAAUAACAAAUGCAAUGUAGGUUAUGGGUUUGUGAACAUGACAAGCCCAGAAGCAACAUGGAGGCUUUACAAAGCCUUCCACCACCAGAAUUGGGAGGUCUUUAACUCCAGAAAAAUCUGUGAAGUCACCUACGCUAGAGUUCAGGGACUGGAAGCGUUGAAGGAGCAUUUCAAGAACUCGAAGUUCCCGAGUGAAAUGGAUCACUACUUGCCGGUGGUGUUUACGCCGCCGCGGGACGGCAAGCGUGUGACGGACCCACAACCCAUCUUCGGCGUCCAACACAAGUCCGGCAGCAGCAACUCCUCCGCCAUUAAUCACCCCAUUACUCUCCUCCUGCCUCAAUCACAUCAACACAACCAUGACAACAUGGAUGAGUCGACAGAACACUGUAGCAGCCGAAACGGCGGCGAGAUGAGUCUUAAUGACGACGACGACGACGACGACCAAGACAGCUAA